CAGAUAUUUUAAACUGAGUUUCUGACUUGAAAUUAGUACAGCAUUAUUAUAAAUAAUCUCACCAUUACUUUUUUUGAAAAAGUGUACUGGGUUCUCAAAUGCUUUAUAAAAGUAUAUAAAUAAUAGUAAAUAAAUUGAUGACGUUUCUACAGACAGGGGCCUAUUUAUGGUAGCAACCAAAACGGAGACACUGCAAAAACAAAAAGGAAAAUGCCUUGUAGAAAAAGGGGAAACUCUGAAGUCAUGGUCAAUUAACUGUCUGUGUCACAGAUUCAAGUUUUUGAUUCAUGUUUAUAAUAUUAGUCAAGUCUUAUCUUCAUUUUCUUUGAUCGUUUUAAGAUGUUUGACAUAAAUAAUCAGAAGACGAAUGAAGGGGAGGAGGCAUGGAGAAGCAUUCCUAUCAUUCAGAGAGUAUAAAAGGAGAUGGAGAGAGUGAGCACUCCUCCUUUUUCUGCACUGCUCUGGUUUAAAUACACAGGAUCAAUGCUCAACAUCUAAAGAUGUGGAAAGGCUAUGUUGGAAUUCUGUGCAUUACUUUGGUGUCAGCUUCGUGCCCCAAACACUGUCCGUGUCUCUGUGGAGAUUUAACCUGUACAAGCGGACUGUGUACAAACGUGGACGUCAGCUGUGGCUGCUGUGGAGUUUGUCCUCGACAACUGUUUGAAGACUGUAGUGAGACGCAGCCAUGUGACCACACAAAGGGUUUGGAGUGCAACUUUGGAGGUAGAAAUGAAUCUGCUAUGGGCAUCUGUAGAGCUAAAUCAGAUGGAAGGUCCUGUGAGUACAACAACAGGAUUCACCAAAACGGGGAAAUCUUCCGUCCAAACUGCAAACACCAAUGCACUUGCAUGGACGGUGCUGUUGGGUGUGUCCCUCUCUGUUCACGUGAGCUUCUGCUACCCAGACCGGGUUGCUUCAAAACCAAAAGAGUGAAGGUUGCUAGACGGUGCUGUGAGCAGCUGGUCUGCACAGACCAAAAAAGACCACAGUUUUCUGCAGAAAAGAAGAACAGAAAGAAGAAAAGCAACGACAGAGCAUCAGUAGGUGAAAAAGAACUGAUGACUGCAUGGAGAGGAAGAGCAGAGCCUUCAGCAGCUAUACGGAACCACCCAAUUGACAAUGUGGUGGCCUCAGGGCAGAAGUGUCCAUCUGUGUCCACUGCUUGCUCACGCUGCUCCAAGUUCUGUGUGGCUGGAAUAUCAUCCAGAUUAAUCAUUAGCGAAACUCACUGCACACCAAUAAAAGAGACCUGGGUCUGUGCAGUUCGACCGUGCAACCACCAGAUCAUUGACGGAACAAAGAAAGGUCAGAGCUGUUGCCCAUCACAGGACGCCAGCCGUCCAGUGAAACUAUCCUACGCGGGCUGUCGGAGCCUCAGAAAGUUUCAGCCCGGAUCCUGUGGGCGAUGCUGCAGAGCCCCUCGGACCCACACGGCACCAGUGCUUUUCAGGUGUAGAAACAAAAAGGUCUUCAGCAGAAUGAUGACAUUUACAGAGUCAUGUGAAUGUGCCCUGAACUCUUUUAGCAACAACAAAGACCUCAAUGUCCUCCAUGCACUCUGAAAAAUAUAUAAUAAAAUGAUUAUUAAAAGAUAUUGUACUGUUGGGUUUAGGAGACCUUGCAGUAAUACACGGACUUUGUAAAAACACUUUUGCUUCAUACCACUGGAGCCACAAGGGUUGCUUUCUUUAGGAAGCCUUUUUAUAUUUAUAAUUUUUAUUAACUUACUUAAGACUUUUUUGUUGAUGAAGAGAAAUCUUCAUUUGUGAAAAUAACAAAGGUUUUUUUAUAUUUUCCAUUUAAAGAUAAACACAGUGAGUUGUGUUUCUGUUAGAAAAUUAUAUUAUUAUAUUUUGUAGAAUUUUGAAAAAGAACAUAUGACAUCAUUUUACAAGAUAUUUGUUCAAGUUUGGUAAGAAAUGUGAUAUUUGCUGUGUUUGUUUGAUUA